AUGAGCGGUGGAUGGGUGAGAGGACUCGCUCUCGUCUUCUUGUCUCAGAGCGCCUUCGCCAUGACUCUCUUCAACUCCACACACUUGGGUUCCAUUCUGGAGAAGUAUGGCGAGGAGGGCGGGGCCAAGCCACGGGGGAGGAGGGCCAUCAGCGCCAUCGAUAAACAGGCCAUCCUCGAGCUGCACAACAAACUCCGGGGGCAAGUGUACCCCCACGCAUCCAACAUGGAGUACAUGGUUUGGGAUGAUGAGUUGGAGAGAUCUGCUGAACAGUGGGCUGAAACGUGCCUGUGGGAACAUGGACCUGAAGGUCUGCUCAACCACAUCGGUCAGAACCUCGGGGUUCACUGGGGACGGUACCGCCCUCCUACGUCACAUGUUCAGGCGUGGUACGACGAAGUGAAGGAUUUCACCUUCCCGUAUCCUCAGGAGUGUAACCCGUACUGCCCGUUCAGGUGUUCCGGUCCAGUGUGUACCCACUAUACACAGCUGGUUUGGGCCACCAGUAGUCGGAUCGGCUGUGCCGUGAACAUGUGCUACAACAUGAACGUUUGGGGACAAAUCUGGACCAAGGCGGUGUAUCUGGUCUGCAAUUACUCCCCAAAGGGGAACUGGUGGGGGAACGCUCCGUACAAACACGGCACGCCGUGCUCCGCCUGCCCGCCCAGUUACGGAGGAGGAUGCCGAGAGAAUCUCUGCUACAAAGACGAUGGUUAUCGGUACCACGUGGAGACGGAGCGGGACAACCAGGUUGAACCCGAAGCUGUGCUCACGACCCGUCGCCCCGACCCGCAGCCUCACGCUUACAGCGAGACCGUCGUCAGCACCGAACAGAUGUCUCAGCUUGUUUCCUGCGACACGAAGCUGCGGGAUCGCUGUAAAGGAACGACGUGCAACAGGUACGAAUGUCCGGCCGGAUGUUUGGACAGCGCGGCCAGAGUGAUCGGAACUGUUUACUACGACAUGCAUUCGAGCGUCUGCAGAGCGGCGAUCCAUUAUGGGGUGAUCGAUAACGACGGCGGGUGGCUGGACGUGAGCAGAGAGGGGCGGAAAGCUUUCUUCAUCAGAUCCUACAAAAACGGAAUCCAGUCUGUGGGGAAAUACUACAGUGCCAACGCCUUCAGUGUGUCCCGAGUGGACGUGAAAGUCGUUACAUGUGACACCACCGUGGCUUCUCUGUGCCCGUACGAAAGCCGGCUCAGACACUGUCCCAGGAUCUACUGCCCUCACGCCUGCCUGCAGGAACCGUCUCAGAUCUCCAGGGUCAUCGGAACCCGGACCUACUCGGAUGACUCGAGCGUCUGCAGAGCCGCGGUUCACGCCGGUGUGAUAAAGGACGAAGCCGGCGGUUACGUGGACGUGAUGCCGCUGGAAACCAGGAUGCACUUCCACGGCUCCCAUCAGAACCACGUCUCCUCCGAGAGCUUGUACAAUCCUGAUGGAGCGAAAGCUUUCCGCGUCUUCGCCAUCAUCUGAGCGUCAUACUGAGCUCCUCAUCCAUCCAAACGCUGGAG